AUGUGUGAUACAGUAAAGGAGCCUGUGUUUAAAGUAAGUCUGUCACUACAGCAGGGGCCCAUUGUCAUUGAGAGAACCCCUCUAAGAAACACAACCACUGUAGCACCUGAGAUUGAGCAUCAAACCCUCAAGUCCAAAUACACAGAGAAUGAUGAAUCGGCUGUAGGAAAUAACAGACAUGAAGUUCAGCCAUGCAAUCAUGAAUGCCCACAGACAGUAUGUGACCCCGCCGAGUACUGGAAUACAGAGCAUGGAAACAUGCUCACAAAGGCCAACAUUCCCACAGUGACCUAUACUCAUAAAGAGUACUAUGAUUCACUGGAGGAGGUGGUCUCUGUCUCGUAUGCUGAUUGGCCAGUGCAGGACUGGUUCUUCAGUAGCAAUGAAUCAGUCCUGCAGAGGCAAAACACUGGAGAAGAUACAAUGUAUCAUCCUGAGUUUGCAACCAAAAAGGACCUUGAAGAUGAGGUGACAGACACAAUGCUCCUCAGAAGUACCAGAAAGGAGGAGGAUGCUUUAACUGCUGAAGUCUUACAGUUGGAGGAAAAAUGGAAUGAAAAGGAAGUGUUAAACAGAUCUCUGCAGCUCAAAUGUGAGCACCUCAAACAAAAGGCACAAAGGCAGCUUGAGCUGAACCAUCAGAAAGAGGAACUGGUGAAGCAGUACCUCUGUCAGAUCGAGGAAACCAAACUUAAGCACAGAAAGAUUCGGAUGAAGUUCCAGAAUCAGCUUCUGCAGCUUUUGGAGCAGCACAAAAACUUGUCCACUAUCUUCACUCCACAGAGACUACCAGCAGAGAUCCAGUCUGCAGAGUACAUCACUGUGCAGUUGCUAAGGGCUGAGCAACAGAAACUGGAACAGUUGGCCAAGCUGCUGGGCGGGUUAAGCCCCACCCAGACUGGAGAGAUGCAAAUAGAUACCUGUGACACAGCAUCAUGAAUAUCUCACAUUUUGCAUUCAUGAAUUGUGUGAGCAUUACUUAUCAGUUUUCACCUCUUUCAAAAAAUAUGUUAUAUGCAACUUUACAGAAUUAGAAGAGCACCUUAGACAUUCUUUUGUCUCCAGUUGUUUCCUGUUUAACGUGUUACCAAUGAUAUUGUUUUGACGUUGCCGAUAUAAAAUUAAUGAAUAUUGGAAUAAACAACAAUCAAAUAUACCCUGAACAUGGAAUAUAAGUUUCUAGACCAUUUAUUCUGAAUUUAUUACACAAUAAAAAACUGUUAACAUUUCUAGUUUCCCAAAAAAAUUAUUUAUGAACUCUAGCGAUGACAUACAUUUCUCAUCUUAACAACUGACUAGAAAAACUAUUAAAUUCCAUCACAUUCCCAUUCCUCGAUCAGAUAUACAUUAUUAGAUCAGCUUCCAGUUUGCAUACAUCAGUCCAAUUACACAUCCAUUAGGGCACUCUGGGAAUUCUUUGGUGUUCAGUAAUAAUAUUCUACCAUUCAAUUACAUUUUGCAUUGACAAAACACAGGGCAAAGCCCAGUCCUGAGAACAUCUUUAUCAAACAUAUAUAUUACAGUUUCUCCUGCCAACUUAUGUAUCUAAUGCAGAAAUGUGUAGAAACCAUUAUACUGUAAUUUCAUGUGUUCCUUAAAUUUUUUUUAUUUAUUGUUGAAUUUACAGUAAACAACAAAAAUAACCCUGCCACAUGACUUUAUGACCAUGUGGUUUCAAUUCAAUCUACUUCCUUGACAGCAUACUGUUGAAAGUAAAAGGCAGUUUCCAUACAUUCCUUGCAUACUUACCUGCUAUCGAAUUCUGACAGUUUCAGAUUGCAGAAUUUCUGUGUUCUUAACUUUCAGUUAUAGAAGCAAUGUCCUCCAGCAAUGUCUGUUUCCUUUAUGUUGGUGAUCCAGUGGCACAAGAGUCUUGCCAAAGCAUAAUUUCAGGAUGACGUGUCCUGGGGGGUUUUAUGUGGUGUAUGUCAACGAGGGCGUGUUUUAGGGCCUUCAGUAUGGCAUAAUAAUAAUAAUCUGCCCAGACUUGUUACUUUCCUUUACCAGAGUUGGAAAUGGCGCAUAACAACUGUUCGCAUGUACAUAUACAGUACAUCAUGAAGAUAGAAAUGGUCUCGUUAAAAAGAAGGGAAAGUUUAGAAAAGCUUCUCAAAGUAUAAAGCCUCCUUUGGCCCCAUUUGUAUCCCUCUAUCUUGUAGGGAUGGUGUGCGAUUACUAUUAUGAGGUAUGCCCUGAUUCCUUAUAAGGGCAAAUUGAAUCCACUGAGGGCUCAGAUUGGCACAUAGAGAGGAAUAUUCCUCUUGCUGCAACAAGACUCCUCAUAUUUGAGGUUGUGCUAUUUUCGUGGUCUGGUUACAUGAGAUCCAUGAACCAUUUAGGUUACUAGUCAUUUAGUAGACGCUUUAAUCUGAGGCGACUUAAUUCCUUUUCUGUGUGUUUUCAGCAUUAUCAGCCUUGUUUGGUACCGGGGAUAUUUUUUAGGUCCUUUGUGAGGAACAUUGGCACCCUCUUCCAUGUUUUGUUAUCCCAGGUUAUUCCCCAUCU